AACCGUGCGUAGCGCGCGCUGGUCGCGACGAGGUGCGUCCGGCCAUCUUUAAAAAUAGAACUGUUUCCCGCCGCGAUUAAAUUUGCGUUUCGAUGUUGCAUGGAUAUAUAUGCAAAGUGUGAUCGCUGGUGCGUUUAGUUCUUGCAAUUAGGUUCUUUUCUGUGUGCACUUUGAUUUGUUGGACCAUGAUCUUGUAUCGGUAGCACAAAAUACGAGAUAAAUGCUUCACAAAUAAUCCAAAGAUACUCAAGUAGAAUCUUGUUCAAUUAACCACAUGAAUCAAAUACUCCACUUAUAAUAGUCGAUUAAAAACCAAUGGAAGAACCGAUGUGACAUUGAUUUUAUUAGUGAACAGAAUUAUUAGUGUAGUGUUUUAUAGUGGCCGAAGAUAGUAUAAUAAAGAUGUCGUUGGUAGCGCCAAGGAGAGUUACGCUUGAUUGGACCCAUAGUGGGCUAUGGGAACAAGGGCCCACCUGCGAGCGGGAGUCUCCCUUCAAACAAGAGCCUCCCCAGUCCAACAGAUCAGAAUCAUCUUCGUCGUCGGCAGACACAGCGUCGCAGGGCUCGGGUUCCGCCGCCCCCGCGCCCCGACCGAAGCGACAUGAACCCCAGAGAGAGGAGAGGCGUGUGGAGGCCAACAACCCGCCGAGAGUACAAGCUAACCCGCUAUUGAGGUCCCGGACCCUUCCCAAUUUCGGCGGGCGUCGGUCCCGCGAGGCGUCCCGCUGCGACACUUCCCGCAAGGCCCACCACAUCACCAUGGCCACCGAGGACCUCCUGCAACCCGGGCACGUGGUCAAGGAGCGAUGGAAGGUAGUGAAGAAGAUCGGCGGCGGCGGUUUCGGCGAGAUCUACGAAGGUCUGGACCUCGUCACCCAGGAACAGGUCGCGCUCAAGGUGGAGUCCGCCAGGCAACCCAAGCAGGUGCUCAAGAUGGAGGUGGCUGUGCUCAAGAAACUGCAGGGCAAGGAGCACGUCUGUCGUUUCAUUGGCUGCGGUCGCAAUGCCCGUUUCAACUACGUCGUGAUGCAGCUGCAAGGAAGGAACCUGGCUGAACUGAGAAGAGCACAGCCUAGAGGAGCAUUCUCUCUGUCUACUACGCUUAGGUUGGGGCUUCAAAUACUCAAAGCAAUAGACUCUAUACAUUCUGUCGGAUUUCUACAUAGAGAUAUUAAACCUAGUAACUUCAGUAUCGGUCGUCACCCGUCCAACUGCCGGAAGGUGUAUAUGCUGGAUUUUGGCCUCGCCCGACAGUAUACAACAAGUAAUGGGGCUGUUAGGCCUCCAAGGGCCGCCGCCGGAUUCAGAGGCACUGUAAGGUACGCGUCCAUAAACGCUCACAAGAACAAAGAGAUGGGUCGCCACGACGAUCUAUGGUCCCUCUUCUAUAUGCUCGUUGAGUUCGUCAACGGACAGCUGCCUUGGCGGAAGAUCAAGGAUAAGGAACAGGUCGGGCUCAUGAAAGAGAAGUACGACCAUCGUCUCCUUCUCAAACACUUGCCGUCCGAGCUCCGUCAGUUCCUAGAGCACGUUCAACAAUUGGAAUAUGCCGACACGCCGGAUUACGCGAUGCUUGGUGCGUUACUGGAACGCUGCUGCAAGCGACGCGGCGUGAGGGAUGCCGACCCUUACGACUGGGAGAAGGAUGCGGUGUCCGUGCCCCGCGCCCGCGCCACCGCACAUCCCACGCCAGAGCACGCGCUGCCCACGGACACACAGCCAGACAACACCCGUCGUCGGCCGGAAACGGAAGCGACGACCGGCAUUGCCACAGACACCGCCACUCCGCUACAGAAGGACAAACCAGAGAGACGAGCCGUCGCUUCCCCUAGACAUGCGCCCAAUCAUCUCAACGGUUAUUCAGCCACAGACAAACCGACCACAGACAAGGAGGUAGAACCUAGAACGACGCCAGCGCCGUCGCCCGAUAGGCAUGCUAAGGAGACUAGUAACUCUGUAGUUACUGGAAGUACGGCAGCCCGCCCUGAAAGACAAAGCGUGCCGCCUUGCAAGCCUCGAGCCCCAGCGCCAGGUGGCGGGCCGACGCUUGCCCGCUUGCGAGUGGUAACAGCUCCCCCUACUUGUGUACAAGAAUUGCACCAUGCUUUGCCUGCCACGCCGGGCGAAGCUGUCAGUCCACGGAUAGUAGCUGACGUCGAAAGCGUACACUCGGAUACACAUUUCAAGAGAGGUAACAGAAGGCAAGCCAGGCCGCGUGCCGACCAAAGUUAUACCCAAUUCGCUGUCAUGGAUGAUGAAAACGUUUCGGCAUUACAGCAGGUCACAAAAGGCGGUGCUUUAACACUAGUUUCUCUAUGGAAGUCGCAAUUCGACGAUUCCGAAGAGACCACAGACAAUGAAUGGAAACAGGAACAACUUCAGUCGCCAGAACACAGAUGCGCUCGAACAAGCGCAGUCUCCAGCUGUUCCCACGCCCCACGAACUCACCACACCCAGCCCACGCAGAACACCCAGCCCACCCAGAACACCCAGCCCACCCAGAACACCCAGCCCACCCAGAACACUCAGCAGACCCAGCCCACUCAAAUGGUGCUUAACAACGUGCAACCUCAAGCUGUGGCUCCUGCGGCACAGCAAGUUCAGAACGCGCCGCAAACACAGCCUUCUACGCCGGCACAGAAUCAAACCGUUGAGAAGAUAGAAAUCAACACGUUUAGACCUCGAGCGACUUGCCUCAAUAUCCCGGGAAUAGAAGCAUAUCCCGCGCUGCAGCCCACUCUGCCGCGAUGUUGGACCUUACCAGCCAUAGGUUCCCGCAUCAGAUCGCUCCGCCCCCCGCUAGUCCAACAGGCGUCGUUCGACGGGUCGGGCGCGGGGCCGGACGCGGAGCCCCGCGCGGACGUCAGGUACCGCGUCGACGUGAUGCGCGGCGUCGCCUGCAGGUCCUCGCCUGUGCCCGAGGCCAGGAGGGCCAGGUCGCUGCCGAGUUUAUCGUCGUCAUCUAGCAGUCCCCCGGUUAAGGCACCCGCUCCGGAAGUAGAAGGUCCCACGGUCUCUUCCCGGCUAGAAAUACGCGUGCGCCCGCCGGACAACGAACCCAGCCACUCUGUUAAAAUUCACUCUGUGGUGACCGGAGGGGAGGGGGCGAGAGUCGACGAUCCAUCUAUAUAUUACGACGCUACAGAACAUCACAGAGAUAAGAGGUCUUCGACCCGGAGUGGGGAUAAGAGCCAGAGCCCCGCCCCGGAACGUACGCGCCUCGACACCAUACCGGACAAAAAUAGCGUUUCAUUGAAAAAGGAAUCAAAUAGCGGCUCCGGCGACGGGUCGCAGAGUUUGAAAGACCGUUGGUGGUCCGGCGGAGGGUCCCGUAUCCCCGUCGCAUUGGGAGAGGCUCGCCUCGCCAAGUGUGCGUCGUGGAGCGGCGAGGGCCCCGCGCCCGGGCCCUGGCCCCAGGCCCCGGGGACUCCGCCCCCCGACCCGCAGGACCUCACGCCGGGUCUACGGCGUCGCCGUCAGAACGCCUGCGAGAAGUAUGCAUCGGACCCUGCUCGGGAAUUGAACCUGAGAUUCGCUCGCUUGAGACACCGUCGGCCGCACCACACAGCCCCGCCAUCCAAUGAUACGCAUAACAGCUCUGGUCGCGCGUCGCUGUCGUCGUCGGAGUCGGGCUCCCCCCCUCCCCCGCCGGCGCCGCUGCCCCCCAGCCACAACGCGGCCAGGACCAGGCGAUUUCGACCCCUCUCCAUCGCGCCAUAGGAGCUGGUGAUCCACAAUGACUUAGCUACGAAAGAGCCCUUCUGACAGACAGCCAAGUAUAUAUCGGUUAUAUGUAUGACGCCUUAUAUCUUUACGAAAGAUAGUCUAUAUAAAAUAUGAUGUUGUGACGAACUUCCAUACGAAAUGUGUGAUCGAAUCAAUAGCAUAUAUAAGUUAUUAUAGAGUACCAGGAGAGCAUAAGAUAUAAGAUAGUAAAAUCACGUCUUGUUUAAAUCACAAUAGCUUCUGAUUGUCAUAAGAUCCUGGUAACUUUUAAAAUUAUACUUUUUAUACUUUUAAAAUUAAUUAAACUAUUAAAGACCUGAUGUGGAUUAUGACACUUUCCAAAUAAAUAAAAAUAGAUAGUGUAAAGGGAGGACAAAACUUGCUGAGUUUCUUGCCGGUUCUUCUCAGACAAGGCCUUCUGGUAGACUCUUGAACCGAUGGCAUCAAAUUUGACUUUCAUAAGUGUGCAAAUUGUACCUAAAUGAAUAAACAAAUUUAGACUUUGACUUUGACUGAUUUUAAAUAAAAAAAUAAAACUUAAUAAAGUGAUUUCCGCUAGUAUUAUGCUAGUCUGGUAGUUAUUACCUUAAAUUUAAUAAAUGUAGGUGUUUAUGCGAUUCGAUUAAACAUUUCGUAUUAGCAAUGAGAUAAAAUAAAUUAAACAUAUCUAAAUGUGUGUUAAUUCAAGCUAUAUGUGAUUAAUUUGCUUGUGUCUAGUCCAAGGGAUAGAAUGUGCAUACAAUUUUAAUUAAAAAAUAACUGAUAAAAAAUCGAUAUUAUAAAUAUGAAAUUGUGAUUUAGGACAAAAAGAAUUGUCAAACUUUUGUGUGAUUUUAUGCAGAUUAAAAAAUAAAAAUAAUUGCACGGAGCUGUAAAAGUGCACUCUGGCUCUUGGACUACGCCAUGCAUAUAGGCGAAGACUUUGAAAUGUACAUACUUAUUGUAUCGUUUAUACAUAUAUAACAUAUAAAAUUAUAAUAAAGUAUAAUACUCAUACUCAUAGUAAAGAAGACAGCACGCUUGAUAUUUAAGGACUCAACGGAUAGUACCUACUCAUAUUUUAUAUAGAUUUUAUUCGUAAUCGGAAAUUGCGGAAAGAGAACCGUGCCACCAUGCACCGCUUUAAAACUUGUGUGUUUAAAAUAUUAAUUCUCGUUACGUAUUUCUAGUUCGGUGGAUAUUUUUCGGGGAAUUAAUAAUAAUAAUAAU